CAGGCUCCUGCAACGUCACAUCUAGUGGCCGGAAAUCGUCAGCGGGACCCUUUGCAGGACGGAAUGGCCGGGCUGCUGAAAAAGACCACGGGCCUGGUGGGCCUCGCUGUGGCCAGCAAUCCUCAUGAGCGUCUGAGGGUUCUGUACUCCAAGAUCCUGGCGUCGGUGCAGGUCAUGCCUCAGGACGCCGCGUACAGGAAGUACACAGAGCAGCUGAUCAGCGAGCGCUACAACCUGGUCAAGACGGAGCCUGAUGUGGAGAAGCUGGAGCAGAAGAUAAACUGCGGGCAGAUCGAAGAAGUCAUUUUCCAGGCCGAGUGCGAGUUGGCUCUGUCCAGGAAGAUGGUCGAGUGGAAACCAUGGGAGCCGCUGGUUGAGGAGCCACCUCCCAACCAGUGGAAAUGGCCUAUUUAAAUACAGCUCCUUUCUAGUUAUGUCAUUGUCUGUUGUGAUUUGUGUGUGAUCUAUGCCUGCUUCCAGCAAUGUAAUAUACAAAUUAAAGACAUGGGAAUAUUUUCCCUAUUUAUUUCUGAA